AUGAACCAAGCAUUGAGUCUGAUCUUUGAGACGACUCUGUCCCAAACAGAUGUCAACCCAUGCUACAACCGUCUCUUAAUCCCUUUCAAAAAAUUGAUCCGAGACGACUUCUUGACGCCUGACGAGACGAGAAUCUUGGAAGAAGAAGAAGAAGACGAAGAGAUCAACAACGACGAAGCGAUGGGUGUGGGAGCGAUUCUCGUCGAUCACCGGAAUCAGAAGUGGGGCGUGAUUUUGAAGAGACGGGAGGUGAAGAAAGAUAUCUGGACUUACGCUUUGAUUUGCGGCUGGAACGAUAUCGUCAAGGCUAACGGGUUGAAAGACGGUGACUACAUCAGUCUUCGCGUUUUCAGGCACCGAGGAAUCCUCUGUUUUGACCUUGAUCCUCGUCUUGCUCUUUCAUAA